UCACUCUGAACACUGGACGAAUGACGCAGGAGGGGCGUGUCUCUGUGUCUUCACCGCCGUCAGAAUAUAAAAUGUAGUCAGCGAUGGAUAAAGACUCAACUCCUCCGUGGAUCCUUGUCUCUCUCGGCCGGAAUCCCUGGACCCACUGCACAAGCCGACGGAACCAAGCCAAUGAGAGACAACAGCCAUGCGUGCGCGUCGCUUUCUUGCGAUUGUGUGUGUGUGUGUGUGUGUGUGUCUGCUUACUGCGUUCAGGUCUGAGGGGGCCCAGCCGUCAAACUCAACCGCCUUGUAGCACCCCAAGUCGAUGAGGCGCACCACGAGCCCAUCGCCCACCACCACGUUGUCCAGCUUGUGGUCGCGGUAUAUCACUGUACCCAUCACACACACAUACAUACACACACACACAGACUCGUGAGAAGGUCAAGUAGUGGAUUCUCCCUUGUUUCCUCUCUUCUCUAUCUGAUGUGGCGGCUCUCCUCACCUCCUAAGCUGUGCAGCGCCGUGUGUGCGUUGACGAGCUGGCUGCUGAUCUCCCUGACCUCCUCGCGCGGCAGUCCAGUGUAGGUCAGAGGGUCUAGGCCCUGGGCUAUGAAGGCCUCUCUGUGCUCCUGCAGCUUCGUGAAGAGCGUGGGGCCGCCGUACUCCAUGAUCAAGUAGGCCUUGUCCUCCUGGGGGUAGCUCUUGAAGCCCAACGACGACACCACAUUGUCACACUGGUCAAUGGCGGGGAGCCUCAUGACGGUAUGCUCAUCCCGGAGCAUGUUGGCAAACCCGGGCUUACUCUGAAGGCACGCAAGCACAACACACCCGGCCACGUACCAGAGGAAAUGAGCCAUGUAUGUGUAUGUGUGAGACAUACACAACGCACCAACUAAUGCCCCGCUCUCUGUGCCCAUGGAUUGCAUGCUUACCAUCUUGACGACCAGGUCCUCUCCUCGGUCGCGUACGUCGUCGAUGUCGAUGUUUUCGUCGCUAUCGAUGUCGUCUGCAGACCCCGCUGCAUUGGCACGCGCCUGCCAGGUGUGGCCGUACUCGCCCCCUCCCAGAUAUCGAAUAAGAUUGAAGUUGUUGUCAAUGAAGUGUGGAGUUUGCGGCGGGUGAGCCAUGUCGUGGCCGACCAGCUGACGAUUUAUCAAUCUCGCGUGUCAGCGGCGGCCUCUCCUCCUUGGUCGUCUCCUCGGCUGGCGAACGCCCUG